AUGCCAAAGAGAUCGGAAGAAGACGAGUCCGAAUGGACGAUACGGAAGAAUGACAUCCUCGAUUUAUACGUAGAGCAGGAUAGGUCGCUGUCAGAAAUUAUCCGUGUCAUGGCCAACCAAGGCUUCACAAGAACAAAACCACAAUACGAACGAUCCUUGAAAAGAUGGCGUGUAUCCAAGAAUGUGCGCAAAGAGGAGUGGGACUUCAUCCUCGGUCGCAUGAACCAACGCCAGCGCCCGACUACUGUGAAAGUCCGCGGUAUCACGAUUCCGCAGUCGAGGCUAGAGCGUCAAAAGCUUCAGCAUCAAUUGAAUCCUCUGCCUCAUUGUCAGACACCACCGAACAUUGAGAUCUCCACGCCGCCACCAAGCCUACCUGACGACGAUUCGCAACUAGUCACAUUGCCAGAGCAUGAGUACGGUGGAGAGCCCGAAGAAUAUGACCAAGAGACUUCCGUAGGCGAAGAUAUUCGAGACCAAAACGUCAUACUAUCUGGAGAGGUUCCCAUCUUGUCGUCAAUCUACGACAACUCAAGCAUAAACACUUUACUCGAGAUGCCUGAAGAUAACGCUGCGAAUGAGGCGUCGAAAAGGAGGGAGAAUUCACCGUCGUUAUCAGCUCUGCACUCGAACGGUAGCCCCCCGAUACUUUCAGGACCACUUUAUGGUUACAUCUACAGAUUGUUCUCCGGUGAUUUUAACCAUGUCCUCCAAGAUGCUGUCAGGAUGAGGAGUCAAUACCAAAUCCACAAGGGCCAGCGAUCUGCUGAGUUUACUAUUUAUCAAUCUACUGAUGUCAUUGUCCAAGCUAUCGUCCGAUAA